GCUGGUGGGCAGGUAGUGGCGGACUCAGAGCAGCCGUGUCCCCAGGUCCUGUGCUGAGCUCAGGGACUUGGGAGAUUGCAGGGGGCACGGGUGAGAGCAUUAAAGCAGAGGCAGCCGAGCAGCAGGCCUCUGGGCUCCGGACAGGGUCAGUAGUGCCAGAGGGCACAUGGGACAGCCAGGAGAAUGGAGCAGUGCUGUCGCCGUCCGCCGGGCUCUUUGCUCUUCCUGCUGCUCCUUGCACUGCUCUCGAGAGCUGGGAGCUCCUUCAACCCCAGCAUCAACUGGAAGUCUUUGCACUCGGCUUUCCUGAAUUCUGAGUACUCCCAGAAAUCCGAUGUCGAGUUGUGGAACAAGGUGGAUGAGCAGGUGCUACAGUACUGCGAUGGUGUCUUUGAUCUCUACUACAUUAUGGAUGCAUCACAGACCAUGUCAGACUGGACGAUGCUGUGGUCGUGUUGGGAAGACAUGGUGGAGAAAUACGUAAACGGCAAUACGCGCAUGUCCUUCAUCAUGUACUCCUCCACGGCAACCGUCAAAAUGAAGCUCACCUCAGACAGAUUUCGGAUCUUUGAUGAACUUCGCCGAGUUCAACGGACUCGUGUGAAAGGAGAAAUGUACUUGCAGGAAGGAAUCAAGCAGGCAAAUUCUCAGAUCGCAAGAAACAACUUCGGAGUCAAGAAGGUAGCUAGCCUAAUCAUUACUGUGGUGAGUAGACCACUGGAUCCGAUCUCACUUAAACAGACUUUGAUGGAGGCUGCCAGGGCUCGGACAAUGGGAUCGUACGUAUACUGCAUCGGUGUCGACCGAGCUGACGAAGACCAGGUGAAAGCAAUUGCAGAUAGUCCAGAGAAUGCAUUCUACGUAAAAGGGUCAGCCUUAGACCUGCAUCCUGUAGUUGACGAGAUUGGAACAAAGGCCUGUCUGGAACUCAGGGUUCUGAAGCCUUCUCCUUUGUGCCUCGAAAACAAGCAAAUACUUCUGAAAGGCUACGGCUUCCAUAAUGCAAAGAGCCUGAACGACAUCAUUUGCAGAUUCAGGUCUGGCACCAUGAUGGUUGAUAAGCGUGCACUCUGGAGGAACAUGACUACCAUAAUUUGUCCUCAACCAGAGCAACUAAAAGCUGGACUGAACGUCGAGUUGGAACUCAGCCUGAACAGUAGGAGGGACUUUCUGGUCCACAGCAUCAAGGUGCCGGUUGUCCAGGACUGUCCAUUCCUACCCGAGUCCUAUGUCACCAGCACAACCCUGCCCAAGACCACGACCCCAGUCACGAGACAGAGACCCCGGACCACCACCAGCACCAAGCGGACUUCUCCACCCCGGGCCACAAAGCCAGCAACAGAGCCAACAACGGAGCUGGCACCGGUGCCAGUACCAGUGCCAGUACCGGAGUCGGUACCACUGCCAGCACUGCUGGUAUCAGAUGAAACCCUCCUGCUCCUCACGGAGGUGCUGGGCCUGCUGCUCAUCCCAGUGCUGCUCUGGUGGUGCUGGUGGCUGUGCUGCAGGAAGGUUGAGGAAGAGCCACCUCCACCUCCACCCAAGCCAAAAAAAAAGCAGAAAGUCAAGAAACCUGGUGGUCAGCCUCCUCCUCCACCACCUCCUCCGCCACCCUCGGUGUCCCCUGUCACCGUGUGCCCCAUUGUAAUCGUGUGCUGCUGUGCGUGCCGCGGCGUGUGUGUGAACAGAGGCCUGGAGGGUACCGUGACCAUGUGCAACUUCAGUCACCCCCGCUGCCACCAAGUGCCUCUGAUCUGGUCUCAGCCCAGUGACAAGGGAAGCUGCACCAACUUUGACUUCCUGAAGAUGCUCUGUGCCGAGGGAUCCUGGGACCCCAGGAUCGGCCUUCAGUCCAGCCAGGACAAUCUCCCCCUGGCCUACUGCUCCCAGUGCCACCACCACACAGCCAGGAGUGGCAGGCCCCCCUCCAGGAUGCUGCCCUUGCUCCCCAACUCUGCCCACAUGGCCUGCAGGCCCACGCUCUCUCUCCCAGCCCCAUAGCCCUCCCCAGGCCCCGUGUGCAUGGAUGAGAGGUUUCGCUGCUGGACUGGAUGCGGGCGUGGAGCCAUGGAUUCUAAUAAAUCAUAGUUGGAUUUUGUUGCUGA